CCGCCCCAUCUCCCCGAAGGGACUCGGGGCGGCUUGGCCCGAUAAAACAAACAAAACAGUAACAAAGCAAUAAAACAAUUAUCCCAGUAAAAAACAUCAACAUCAAUAAAAACAAUCAUUAAAAUCAACAAGCAGGAUACAGUGUUAAAAACAGGAGACUAAUUCGUAGAUCCCAGGCGAGAUGCAGAGUGUUACGAAAUGGGAAAAGGAAAUUUCACAGUUGGACAAUAAAGUGCGGUAUAAAAUGGCAAAAAAACAACAAUGGGACUAUUAUGGAAUGGACAGAUAGAUCAAUCCAGCAACAACUAAACAUCGAAGGCCUUUUGGAACAGCCAGGUUUUUAAGCUCUUCCGGAAGGAGAGGAGGGUAGGGACCUGCCUGAUCUCUCUAGGUAGAGAGUUCCAAAGCCGGGGGCCCACGACGGAGAAGGCCCUCUCUCUCGUCCCCACCAACCGUGACUGUGAGGGUGGUGGGAGCGAGAGAAGGGCCUCCCCCGACGAGCGAAGAGAACGUGCGGGUUCAUAGGGGGAGAUGCGGUCUCUAAGGUAGGUGGGUCCCAAACCGUUUAGGGCUUUGUAGCUGCACCUUGAAUUGGGCCCGGAAAGUAAAUGGCAGCCAGUGAAGCUCCUUAAACAGAGGCGUUGAACGCUUACCUACUUACAUACUUAGGCGAUCCCUUGUUGUUCGAAUAUGAUGGCUUCUAAGUGCAGUGUCUUGGCAUUGGAUUUGUAGGUGACUGUGAAGCCCUAUUCUUGACCUGCAUGUUCUUCCACAGUGAGGACAUCAGUUUCCAGAUGGAAGGUGGUCCCGGUCAGGGUUGGCUUGACGCUCCUUCCUCUUGGCAUGUUUCUCCCUUUUGCCCUCCAUUGGUACCUCUUCAAAUUCCACAGCACUGCUGAUCACAGCUGAUCUCCAGUUAGAACACUCAAGGGCCAGGGCUUUCUAGUUCUCGUUGUCUAUGCCACAGUUUUUAAGGCUAGCUUUCAGCCCAUCUUUAAAUCUCUUUUCCUGCCCACCAACAUUCCGUUUUCUGUUCUUGAGUUGGGAGUAGAGUAACUGCUUUGGGAGACGGUGAUUGGUCAUUCGGACAACAUGGCCAGUCCAGCGGAGGUGAUGGCGUAUGAGCAUCUCUUCAAUGCUGGUGGUCUUUGCUUCUUCCGGCAUGCUGAAAUUGGUCGGUCCGCCUGUCUUCCCAAGAGCUUUGCAGGAUUUUUCGGAUCAACACUGAUGGAAUUGUUCCAGGAGUUGAGUGUGACGUCUGUAGGCAGUCCAUGUUUUGCUGGCGUAUAGCAGGAUUGGGAGGACAAAAGCUUUAUAAACAAGCACCUUGGUAUCUCUACAGAUGUCCCAAUCCACAUAGCAGGAUUGGAAUGAACAUGAGGAUGAACUCUGAAGAUUAACCCUUUGGUUAAUCCAUUACAUCCCCAAUGCUUCCAGAUUUGAGGGGUCUGUGACGCGUUAAUCCCAUAAUGUACGUCUAAAGAGAAAAGUAUUAUUUUCUGGAUGUGAUUUUAGUCGCAACGGAUAUGGAGAAGAUCAAAGAGCAAUUUUCCAGGCUCCAGAUAUCACAGCGCGCCGUAGCGGAAGACCCAACUUACCUUUUGGACAUAGAUAUUUCCAAGGGAGAAGGGAGCAAUUCCGUGGCUGUUUCCUGUUCCAAUCAAUCGAUCCGAGUUUACAAUGGAGAGACACUAAGCUUGCUACGGGAAUAUAGUAGCCAACCAGGAUUACUCAGUGGUGUCCGGUUUGCACAUACUUGCAAAGACGUCUUGUUUUCAGCCUGCAGUGACGAAACAGUGAAAUGCUGGGAUGUUCGUUCAUCUUCUGUAGAACCUGUGCAGUUGUUUCGUGGCUAUCCUUCCAACAUCUUUAUUAGCUUUGAUAUAAGCUGCAAUGACCUUAUACUUUGUGCUGGGACAGAGAAAGUGGGAGAAGACACGUUCAUAGUAUUCUGGGAUGCCAGAGGCUGCACGGAUAGUACUUCUUCCAGCAAAACACCAUUGGGAGCUUAUUCCGAAUCCCACAAUGAUGAUAUUACUAAAAUAUGCUUUCAUCCCAGCAAACCGAACCUCAUUGUUUCAGGUUCAACGGACGGAUUGGUGAACGUGUUCGAUAUCAACAAGGACAAUGAAGAGGAUGCGUUGAUUUCCACCUGCAAUUCGGAUUCGUCGGUGAGUUUCAUUGGAUGGUCUGGAAAGGAGUACCAGCAGGUUUACUGCACGACGCACGACGAAGGGUUUUGUUGGUGGGAUCUCAAACAGUUGGAAACCGAAGAGCCAGUUACGUUGUUGUGCAUUCCCGAUGCCCGUGAAGUAGUUGGCCUAGAAAAUAGUAAACUGGAUUAUUUAAUUGGAGGCUUGUAUUUUGAAAAAUUUAACAAAUUGAUUGUGGUUGGAGGGUUGUCGUCUGGAAACAUCUGCCUCUUGGAAUCCUGUACCGAAGGUUUGAAUUCAGUGGGAGUCCUUCGAGGGGGGCACUCUGCGACCGUCCGCUCUUUUCUCUGGAACAUGGAGGAUGAUUCCUUAUUGACUGGUGGGGAGGAUGCACAUUUGCUGCUUUGGAAACCUGGAGCCGUGGAGAAAGCCUUUGGAAAGAAGACCUCGAUGAAAAUCAGUUCUUCCGUCCAUCAGCGAGUGAGAGUUCACCAAAAGCAAUUCAAAAGCAAGACAAAAUAAUUGUGAUAAAGAUGAGUGAGAGAAAUCCACUUCUGAGUGAUCCUCAAAUAACUUUUAACUCCCAUUACCUUGGCUGGGGAUGAUGUGCCAAGGGAAUGGUUGAUAUAGUGAAAUGUUUAACUCAUUGUUUCAAUGUAAGUGUGUGUUUGCUUCGGUAAGUAAUCCAGUACAUAAGUAGUUAAUCGCAUAGAGCAAUGAUUUACUGCCUAGAGGGUAAAGGAAUGUGACUUCCGUUUUUGCCUGCCUAGAAGGAAAUGUGUCACAGACAGUGGAAUUUGGGAAGUGCUAUUCUUUACUGAUAAGAGUUCUUUUAGUCGCCAUCAAUCUUUCUGAUAGAGCAACAUGUGUCCGAGCAGCUCUGGCUGCUGUUUGUGCAUAUACCUGUAAAUAAAGGCUAAUUACCGCUGGGAUUAGCAGACAGCUAUGCAGUCUUAUUUGUUCGUGCUACUAAGCAGAUGCCGAGUUGCCGAACGGAGGGGAGAAUUGAGACGGCUGGCCGUAAGUGUCUCAAUAUAUCUGCCUCACAUCAAUCAAGUGUCGCCAAGCACUUGACUUUAUGGGUGUUGCGGAGUAAUACAUCUUGGAGGGUGCCAAAUUGGAGAAGGAUUUUGGUGUGGCAUGGGCAAACUUGGGCCAUCCAGGUGUUUUGGACUUCAACUCCCAUCAUUCCUAACAGCCUACCAGCUGUUAGGAAUGGUAGGAGUUGAAGUCCAAAACACCUGGACGGCCCAAGUUUGUCAAUGCCUGCUAUAUAGGAAACAACACGGGCCUUGAGUCACUUAAAGAUGUAACAAAUUUAUUAUGGCAUGCGAUUUCAUGGAUUAGAGUCCAUGCUAUCAUUCAGUUUCAUCUUUGAGCUGCUUCUACUUAUAAAGAUUGAUCUUUUUGAAAACUGCAAGAUUUCUAAGAGCAUUGAGUAAUUUGCAGGUAGGUGACUCACACUUUGCCCAUGAGCACAUUUAUUUCCUCAGAAAAUAUUUUGUUAUCAGCUCAACUUUAAUUUUUGGGAAGUAUGUUCACAAUUGGUACCCUGAUGCGAGAAAUCCACCCAUCUUUGUUUGAAACAGCUUUUUAAAACUUGUUUGUUAAAAUAGUUUCCUUCACAUUUCUGCCUACAACCUAUGUCUUAUUUUGUAGUUGUGAGUGGGUGGGAUCUGCUGUGACGAUGGGGAGAAUAGAAAUUAAGUGUGCUUUUAAGAAAUAAAGAUUUGAAAAUGA